AUGAUCACAAAGAAGAUCUUUGGCUUUGUGCUCGCGAUCACGAUUCUCUUGAGUUGCUGCUCGGCGAAAAUCUACAAAGUUGGAGGUUCUAGAGGGUGGAGUGGGAAGACGAACUCUUGGGCUGAGCGUAAGGAAUUCCACGUCGGGGAUUCUUUGAUCUUCCAAUACCAUCAGAACGUUAACGACGUCACUCAACUCUCCGAUGCUUUAAAGUACGAGUCAUGCAACUCCUCUUCUCCUAAAGCCGUUUACAAUACAGGACAUGAUGUCACGUUUUUGUCGUCCAUGAAAAGUCACGUCCGAUCCCUCCACCACCACGAAGCAAGACCCAUGAACGGUCACGACCCAUUAGCCAUUACUCCUUCACCACCACCACCAAGCAAGACCCAUGAACGGUCACGACCCAUUACUCCUUCACCACCACCACCAAGCAAGACCCAUGAACCGUCACGUCCGAAUACUCCUCCACCACCACCACCACCGAGCAAGACCCAUGAACCCUCACGUCGCAUUACUCCUUCACCACCACCACCGAGCAAGAUCCUUCCUUUUGGUAAGAUCUACAGAGUUGGUGACUACGGAGGAUGGAGCGUUUAUUACAGUUACUACUAUUACAAGUGGAGUGAGGGUAAACAGUUUCAUGUUGAAGAUACUCUCUUUUUCCAAUACAACAAGGAACUCAACGACGUUAGGGAAAUCACCGAUGAACUUGAGUUCAGAUCUUGCGAAUCGACUUCUACUGUAGCUGUGUACAAAACGGGACACGAUCUCAUUAAGCUCACUAAACCAGGAGUGCAUUAUUUUGUAAGCUUAAAGACCGGUCUUUGUCAGGCUGGGAUUAAGCUUCGAGUCACGGUGCAACCAUCAACCGAAGCUGUUACUUUCCCGAAUGUUCCCAAGAAGAAGUUGUCACCUACCGUCAACAGAUGGUAG